AUGGAAGUCUUGAGGCAGCAGCCAUGGUUCAACAGCAAGCAAGCCAUUUGGUGCAUCGUGAUGAAAUUCAAAGAAAGUGUCUUGAAAUCAACCACCACAUCGGAACUCUGCCUAUACCUUCUUAAUUUGAUCCUAGAAACCGCCAAGCCUCAAAACUUGCCCGCCCGUCCUCAUCCUCGGCCUUCGAUCUCCUUCCUUGAACCUUCCCCUCCUCCUGCCUCUCCGUUCUCUACCUCUCAACAGCAACACCCCUCUCCUUCGUCAACUCAAAGCUCUUCUCCACCUACUGGAUCAGCCGGUCCACUGGCUAAUCAUCCAUACAAAGACUCUUCGACCAAAAAGAGUGAAGGAAAAGAGACCAAAGAAGAAGGGAGUCGAAGACCCAGCCAGACUAGACUCUCCUUCCUUUCCGCUCCGUUGAUGUCAAACACUCAUCUUCUCGCCGCCAAUGAUCAUGAUGAGGAUGAUUGUGUCUUCGUCUUUGUUGUCCGCAUCGGCUUGCUCUUCGUCCAGAUCUGUGCGCUCUUGAGUCUCACCAAUCUAAUUGAAGCGCAAACAGAGGCUAUCCAUAUCCUGACGAUUCUAGUCCAAGUGUCGCCGCUCUUUGUCUCGUUAUUCCUAUCGCACCCGGACUUCGAUGCCCGCCGAACCCCGUCUUCCCAUCCAAUCUUCUCACCCCCCCAUUGA